AUGACCGACUCGUCUUCCUGGCAGUGGAUCCUUGUCCUCUCCCUCACCGCUCUUCUGCUCUCCCUCGUCGUCCUCGUCCAGGUCGCCAAUCGUUUCGCAAAGGCUUACAGGGACGCGCCGAGCGAAGUUUCCACCUUCCUCGAUGUCGUGGACAGUUCAAUCGCCGAGAACGAGUCUUACGAUCGCGAUAUUACAAAGCUCCAGCGGCUGGAGGACAAGCUCCGGCUCGGACGGCUGCUGCGGGAUAUUCAGAGAGGGGGAGAUGGCCUGCGAGAGGAAUUGAACGCUUUGGUGGUUGGAGAGGGCGACCCCCGUCUGAAUAUUGGUGCUCGCGUGUGGUGGGCGAGUCAUCGGCUGAGGCUGGAGGAAAAAGUGCGGCGGCUCGAUUUGCUCAGGAUGCGCUUUCUCGUUGUCCAUAUGGGCAUUAUCGCCGGCGCGGCGACUGAGACGGCGGCAAAGAAGGACUUUGGGCUACGAGACCCGGAAAAGUCCACGGCCGUUCCACUUACACCACGGCCGGGCGGCCUGCCUAAAGGUCUAGCGGACGGUAUCAAGUCGAAGCCCCCGUUGCGGAAAUUGACCGUUCAGCCGAUCGGACAGCAGGAGAAUAGUGAAGGGAGCCAUCGCAAGGGCUGGGCCGGAGUGGUGAUGGAACUGCAAAAAAGCCCUCUUCUCCGGGAAAGGCAUGCGAGCAUCGAACUGGCCAUGGCACGGUCACCAUAA